CUGAAGAAGAAAACUCUGGAAGUCACUGUCUGGGACUAUGAUAGAUUCUCCUCCAAUGACUUCCUGGGUGAAGUCUUAAUUGAACUCUCUAGUGGCUCUCCACUGGAUAAUACUCCUCGGUGGUAUGCUCUGAAGGAACAGAGUGAAAGCAUCGACCAUGGGAAAUCCCAUUCGGGGCAGAAUAGCCAACAGUCUCCAAAACCAUCAGUCAUCAAGAGCAGAAGUCAUGGUAUUUUUCCUGACCCAUCAAAAGAUAUGCAGAUGCCUACCAUUGAGAAGUCCCACAGCAGUCCAGGAAGUUCCAAAUCUUCCUCCGAGGGACAUCUGCGUUCUCAUGGACCAUCUCGCAGCCAAAGCAAAACCAGUGUCACUCAAACUCACCUUGAAGAUGCUGGGGCAGCCAUCGCUGCUGCUGAAGCAGCUGUCCAACAGCUUCGCCUCCAACCAAGUAAAAGACACAAAUAA